UUUAUAGUGGAAACGUAAAACUGCACCCUCCAUUCAAAAUUCUUUGCUCUUAGAGUGAUUUGCGGGAGCUGACAUGGCAGGCCAUUUAGGCGAGGUUUUCCUCUUCCCUUUUCUCGAACCGCAAUAGUCCUUCUCCCUUUUCCUUUCCCCUUCCCACAACGAAUUCCUUCCUUCGAUUUUCCUUUCUCCCUGCGCCAUUCCGGAGAACCCAAUUAUGUGAAUCACCACCCCAAUUCUUCGGCUCCACUCCUCAUUGUCAAAGUACAUACUCCUUACAUUCAUCGAUCGAUUCCUUAAAUCUCUAACAACACAGCCACAUCGCCGGUGGCGCCGUCAGGAACCCCCUUCGAGGAGAAAUCGCGAUCUUUCAGUUUUGCUGGUGGGUUUCCCUUCCUUAGUAUGUCCUUGAUUUCAAUGAUUUUUUCGAAUCUCUUCCUCUUUUUCUCGAUCUCACUCUAUCCUUGUCUGUGGCAACAAGAUGCCCCCGCGAUGAGAACUGCGGCGGGAACUAAUUGUGUCUUUUACGGUUUUAUUUUUUGCCUGUUAUCUUUGUUGCACCACGGUGACCAAGGGUUUAACAGGGACCAGAGUUAUGGGUUUUGUCGUAUUGUUUCAUGGUGAUUGAGUUGUAGAGAUGAAGGGAGAAUAGCAUCCUUGGUGGACUGUGGAUCUCAAACCCCUUAAGUUUCACCCUGGCAUUUUCUAUUAAGCAAAGUUUUCUUGAGUUAUGUGUUGGUAGAUCAUUGGGUUGGGUUAUGGAACUAGCAAAUGGUUUUCCAUGAAUUCACUGAAAUUCGCUUUGGCUUUAGGCUGUAUAUUGUCGAUUAGAAAUUCGAAACUAGCAAAUGUUUUUUCUUCCAUUUUUGGCUGCAGAAAUUUUAUGGAUUUUUUCCUGAUGGGUUUCCCUAGAUAUGGAAGUCAUGUUGGUCAAGUCACCAGAUUGAUUUUAACUCUAAAUCUGAUAAACUAGAUCGCAGACCACGUUGGGAGGUAUAUUGUGACCAUGAUGAGCAAUGGUGCAAGAAUGCUAAAACGGUAGUUAAGCGGUUUGGAUGAAGCUGGAAGGAUGGAUCAGUUAGUGCUUCUUAGGUAGAAGGUUGUUCUUCGAUUUGAUGGGGAAUAACACAAAGAUGCAAUAGAGAUAUACAGAUUGUUGCUAUCACUUAUUCAUGUACAACGUGAUUUAUAUGUACUCCUUUUCCAAACAGUAUGUUUGAUUUCCAUGUAAAAAGGUUAAUCGUAGGAUCCAUUUCUACAUUUUCAAGGAAGUGCAGUGGGGCGCUUAGAGGCUAGAGCUGGUACCAUGUAGAUUUCUAUGUCAGAUGCUGCUUAGACCUGGUGGUUAAGUUGUUGUAUGCUACCUUUAUCUCAUGUUUCCUCUUUCAAAUGUCACCUCUAUUAUGCUUUACCGCCUUAACUUUUGUUCAUUUUGUUGAUUUAAGUUUUGGCGGGCCAAGGAGCCCUGUGGUAGAAUUGCCAGUUUAGUUUGUGACGCCAGAGAAUUUGAGAAACAUUGGGAAAUUUCAGAGAAUUUGGUCACAAUUGGGUAUGAACGUUACUUUGCAUUGUUUCUUUAUAUGAUUGAUAUUAUGUUAUUAUGGUGUUUGUUGGUGCUUCUUUGUUGAUCAUCUUGCUCAAUAUUAUUGUUCCGUUGGUUGUGGUCCCCUAAAAAUGUGUUGUGUUUCCUUUGUUGGUUGUCAGAUACUAGAUCCAACUUACUUUGAAGGAUGCAACUGGAGAUGUCCCUUUCAUUCUCUUGGCUCAUAGGUACCCUUAUAGAUCAGGGCAACUACAUUAGAGUUGGGCACACUUUAUGGCCAGUUUGUCAAGUUUGAUGUUAAGAUGCAAAUGUUGGAAUCUAAUGGCGUGUCAACUGGUGAGUUCAAAGUAUUCCGGGUUAUUCCUCAGCAGAAUCAUGAGAUUCAGACAGAUGUGUCCCAUGCGAGCCAUGGCAAUAUGGAUAGGUCCCAGAUUUCUCUGCCUUUUCAGAGCGAUGACAAUCAAUCUGGAACAAUUUUGGCCUCGACACCAUUGAAAUUGACAGCUGGACAUGAUCCUCCCCAUCAAGGGGAAAGAAAAAGUUUCUGCCUUUCUGGUCCGUUGUUUGUUGAGAACACCAAGCCUACUUUCCAUAUUAGUCAGUUAGAUGAAAGGUCGCUCAGCCAACCUCAUGGGGGAUUGUCCAUUAAUGAAAAAUUACAAGUCCUGGAAAUAUGUGUCCUAGGAGCAAUCAGGAAGGGCAGCUCAAGCGUUUCAUUCAAUGAUAAUAGUCAGGGUUGCUUUUGAGAAACUGUUAUGUAAUGGCUCGGGAGGUUAAUGCCAGAUGUGUGAUGUUUGUGAACAAGUAUUGUAUAUAACGAAAGUGAUGUUAUCACAUCCAGGCACCAUGUAUAAUGUAUAUGCAAACUAAUGUAUGGUGCCUUGGCGAACAUGUGCCAACUAUAGCCUAUUUAGUCUAUAAUAUGGCAUGAAUGGUUGUUCUAUUUAUUAGAUGCUUGGUGGAUUUCUUUAUGUGAAUAUUUGUACACCAACAGUGUACUUAUGAUGUGGUGUGAUCACAUUCAAACCUAUCCGAUAACAGAUUUAUGUGAUAAAUGGCUAAAUGCCUAAAUAUCAAAUACCCAUGCAUGUUGAGCAUAGAUCAAUCCAUGCCUCAACAGAGUAUGAAUGUAAAAUAUCUAUCUUAUAAAACUACAGGCCACUGCAUACCGUCUCAAAUUUAUCCUAAGCAAUAACUUUGAUCCCUAAUUCCAUUUCCAGUUAUGUUAAUUUCGGGUACGACAAAAUAUUUUGCUCUGGCAACCGAAGCUCUACCAUGCCCAGAAUAUGUAAUCUCUUGCCUACAACUUGAAACACCAAACUAUAAAAUGAAAAUAUGCCAUGUUUGGAAUUCUGGAUUUUAGUUGGCAUGUUCUUCGUUCAAAGUUUUGCAGAUACAAAACUUUAUUGAGUCGAAUCGAUCAAUAAUUGUGAACUUUCGGAGAGUGGUGGAAAUUCAAAAGUCGGUCUUCAAGGUUCUUUCGUGACAAACAAGUUUUUUCGUUUAUUUAUUAUUGGAUCGAAGGAAGAGAAAGUGGAACAGAUGGAUGUUGGGAUUUUGUCUAUUAAUUAUUGGGGGUUGCAAACGGAGAAGAUAAGCCACAAAAUGAGGGUAAAUUUAAUUUGUUAUAACGUAUAUACUAUAUAGUACGCGGGCAUGUUUGAUGUGAAAAAUACUAGAGUGAUAGGUUUAAUAAAAAAGAAAAUGAAACAAGUUAUAGACAAAUCAUUAGCUUUGACUCGAAGACGAUGACCCGCUUCUUCGUGGGAGAAAGGAAUUCAUGCGGUGCCGCCAGAGAUCUGAAGAGCAAAGACGAAAAAGAUACACCACGAGUUCGUGAAUGGAGACUGUGAAUUAAAUCAUCAAAUCACGAACUUGGGGCUAAAUAAAAGGAUAGCAUGUUAGUUAGAUGAGUGAUUAUAUAGAAUUUGCUAAUUGUGUACAUCUAUAGGAGAUCUACAGCGUCGGCUUAGGAAACAAUGAAUCGAAGAGAAAGAAGAAGAUAUAGACUCUUUUAUCAACCACUAAUUGAGUGUAUGGGGUGGAUAAACUAUGUAUUCAUUUCACUUUUCCUUUUAAAAAAAUUCAAUAAAAAUUAAAAACAGUAGCGUAAUUUUGGUGGGUUUUUAUUCAACUUUUGCCAUCUUCAAGGUUCUUUCGUGACAGACAAGUUUUUGCGUUUAUUUUUCGGGUUGAAGGGAGAUAAAUUAAAGCGGAACAAAUGGAUGAUGAGAUUGUGUCUAUUAAUUAUUGAAAGUUGCAGAAGGGGAAGAAGCCACAAAAUGGGGGUAAGUUUAAUUUGUUAAAAUGUAUUAUACUAUAUAGUACGGGGGCAUGUCUGAUGUGAAAAAUAGUAGAGGGAUAGAUUUAAUAACAAAGUAAAAUGAAACCAGUUAUAGCUCAAUCAACAGGCUUUGACUCGAAGACGAUGACCCGCCUCUUCAUGGGAGAAAGGAAUUCAUGUGAUGUCGUCAGAGAUCUGGAGAGCAAACAUGAAAAGUAUACACCACGAGUUCGUGAAUGAGGACUUUGAAUUAAAUCAUCAAAUCACAGGCUUGGGGCUAAAUAAAAGGAUAUGAGGUGAGUUAGAUGGCUGAUGAUAUAAAAUUUGCCAAUUCGGUACAUCUACAAGAGAAUCGUAGGGGAAGAAGAAGAUAUAGACUCUUUUAUUAACAACUAAUUGAGUUCAUGGGGGUGGAUAAACGAUACGUUCAUUUCUAUUUUCCUUUUAAAUAAAAUAAGACUAACAAGUUCAUUAAAAACUAAAAAUUGUAUCGUAAACUUUGGUGGGUUUCUAUUUAACUUUUGAAGCUUGUUCCUUUAGUUUCAGUCCUAAUCAGAUUAUUUAAAGCUAUCAUUCUACUAAAAUAUUUUUAUUUUUAUUUUCCGUUGCAUUGUUGUAAUAUUUUGACCAAAUCAUGUUAGUAAGUUAAAUGAUAUAUUAAUUGAAUUAAUAUAAUAGUCACACUCUUUCGGCACACUCAAAUUAAUAUAAUGAAUUUUUCAUAUCCGGGCAAAAGCAGGCUAAAACGGGUUGACAACCUUUGAUAAUUUGAUAUUCAAAUAUUCUAAAAAUUUUGGGUUCAAAUUUUUAUGAUUGAGUCGAAUUAAUCAAUAAUUUGACUCUCAGAGAGUGGUUGAAAUUCAAAAGUCGGUUUUCAAGGUUCUUUCGUGACAGACAAGUUUUUGCAUUUAUUUAUUGUUGGUUCGAAGGAACAGAAAGCGGAACAGAUGGAUGAUGGGAUUGUGUCUAUUAAUUAUUGGGAGUUACAAACGGAGAAGAUUAACCACAAAAUGGGGGUAAAUUUAAUUUGUUAAAACAUAUAUACUAUAUAGUAUGCAGACAUGUUUGAUGUGAAAAAUAGUAGAUGGAUAUAUUUGAGAAAAAUGGAUAAUAGAGUGACAAUUUAUGC